UCAAACAUGUUAAUUUUACCUUGACUGGACUGGUAUGAAAGCAGAUCAGUGUUAUGAGAAUUUCAGAUCUCGCUUCACUUGUCAAUCUCACACAGAAAGUCCUGCUCCAUGAAUUAUUCAGUAAGCACAGAUGCAGUGGUUACAUUGACUUGCACCAUCCUUUAUAACUUAUAUAUGCCCGCUUAUGUUUGUGUUGCAAGAUGGACAACAAAAGACGUCAUGAUUAGCGAUAUUGAUUCAAGAGAAAGGGUUCAAGAUGACACAUGCUCUUAGGUGUGAAGGGACACACAAUGAGGAAGAUGAGGAUGAUGAGGAGGUUAGCCCUAUUAGAUCCAGUUUCUCCGUGGAGGACCUGCUCGAUGAGGUGGAGAAGAUCAGCAGUGUCGCCAGUAGCGGCAAAAAGGUGGAGAUUGUAGUGAGACUGUGGAAAAAUGGCUUCACGGUCAACGAUGAAGAGUUUCGCAGUUACACUCUAGAAGAAAACCAAGAGUUCUUGGAGGCCAUUAAAAGAGGUGAGCUGCCUCUGGAGCUAGAAGGAAGAGCUGAGGAUGAAGAACUAGAAGUCAAUGUGGAGGACAUGAAAAAUGAAGUUUAUGUCCCAAAGAAAAAGACCUUUCACCCGUUUACAGGCCGAGGUUACAGACUGGGAAGUUUGGCUCCGCGAGUGGUGGCCAGGUCUCGGUCGAUACAUGAGGACUGUUCUGGUCCUCCUCUCCCGGCUGUGGAGCUGAAUGAGGACCUCCCCGUGACCUCCCUCCAGAUCUGGCUGGCAGACGGUCAGCGUCUUGUGCAGAGGUUUAAUCUGUGCCAUCGGAUCAGUGAUGUGCAGCAUUUUGUGGAGCAGGCUCAGAGAACAGAUGCUCCGUUCGUCCUGACUACAUCCCUGCCGUUCCGAGAGCUGAGAGAUGAGGGUCAGAGUUUGGAGGAAGCCGACUUAGUAAAUGCUGUCAUCGUUCAGAGGCCUCUCAACACACAAGCUCCUUUUGGUCACUCCUGACUGUUCCUGCUUGCAACAGAGACUCCGAUUUAUUGGUCCCACGUGUUUGACUUACAUUUCAUAAAUACUUUCUUAAAGGAAUAGUUCACCCAAAAAUGGAAAUAUAUUCACCCUCAGGCCAUCCGAGAUGUAGA